CUUGUCUUCCCGCUGCAGCCCGAGAGAAAAAAAAAAAGAAAGGGAACCCAGCCAGCCUUUGAGAAAUUAGUGAGAAAGCUUGGAGAUUUCUCCUUCCUUCUUGCUCUAGAACACACCUAGAACCCAAAAAUCUUCCUUCCCCUGCUGGAAAAGCCGGAUCUGCCUUGCUCUGCUUCUUCACCGCCGGCUGCUCUUGCCUUGUGGGGGCGAAUUGGCUUGGGUUUUUGAAUUUUCCUUCCAUGCCGCCGGCUCUUCCCCAAAUUGCAGCUCCGGCCUUGCUUGCUGGAUUCUGUUGGGGUUACUGUUCACGUCGGGUACUGUUCACCGACACUGUUCACACCCCGAGGGCCAACAUUUAACGGGGAUUUAAGUGAUUAGUUUGUGAUAUAAAAACGAAUUUGGAGAUAUUUGAUCAUGUGGAGAUUGAUAGAAAUAGCAUUGUGAUUAGGAGUGAUCUUAAUGAUGAUUUCAGUUUGAAUGUGUGAUAGUCCGAUAUUAAUUCUGAGGUGUUUUGAUUAGGUUCCCGAUCGUUCUGUCAGUUAGUGCGUGAAUUGAGUGCUCGGUUUUAUGCGAGUGAGGUAAGUAAAUUUAUGGUAAUGCCCGUACUGUUUUAAAAGCAUGUUUUGAUUUGUUUUUGAAGUGGUGGUGGGACUAAACCCGUUUUACACAAGUAUGACUGAUUUGAAGUGAAAUGUUUUGUACUUUUCAUGAAAUUGAGCAUGCCUACUUGAAAUUUGAGUGACUGUCCUGAUGAUCUGAAAGUGAUUGAUGAAUUAUGAUUUUUCUGAUAACUUCUGCCUGUUUUGUCUCCGAUAUGGUCAUGUUAUUCGUGUGCCCGCUAGUGGGAGGUUUAUAAAUGCUAGCACAUGUCGACAUGUUACUUAUAGAACCGGUUCGUUUCUGUAACCCUACUAGUGGGGGUUAAACACUAGUAAUUUCUAUAGCCCGCCAGUGGGAGGUUUAUAACACUGGCCGUGACCUAUAGAGGAGACGUCUAUUUCGUGCCCAUACUGUAUCUGUUUUCGUGAUUGUACUUGUUGGCAUGUUUUAAGUUUGAUAAGGGGCACUCCAUAAUUUACUUACUGAGUUUAUCUCAUAGUUUUUCCUUGUCCACCAUUUCAGGAAAUGAAACCAAGGACGGGGAAACCACGGGAAGUGACGAGUUAGAAGGCUAGCCACUUGUAAAUUGAGCAUAGCUUUAGAUAAAUCAUGAUCUUGUAAGCUAGAGUGUGCUUGGAGAUUUUAUGAUAUCAGAGUAAAUUUUAAAGAUUUGA